AUGAGUAAUCACGCUAUUUCUGAAACCUCACCACCACGGACCUUUCUUUUUCAACGACGAUCUGUUAGUGUUGGUGAUUCUCCAUUACAAUCAGCUGCAGAUGAUGACGAUUCAGAAACAUUCGCAGCGACUAAUUCAACUGAAAAUUAUAAUCAAUACAUAACAAAAUGUGACGAUGAUGGUUAUAUCUGUGCUCCACUUCCACAUUGUAACAAUCGACCGACUGCGAAGACAUGCUGGCGUGCACGUUCAGCAUUUGCUCCAUCACCCAAGUCAAAUUUUGGUCCAAAAGCCACAUUGAAAAAGAUACAAAACAAUGAUCAACUCAUUGUUAUACAAGAUCCAUCGACUCAACGUCUACAUUGGAUAUCUCCGCCAAACAAUAUUCUUAUCAUUCGUAAACCAGGACCACAAACUAUGCUAGAAUUUCGACAACUAAUCGUGAAACUUCUUAAACGUCGUCUGAAUGUUUAUGUUGAACUUUCUGAACAUAUGCAUCUUCCAUUUGCUCAAGAUGCUGAAUUAAAAGAACACGCUGAACGAUGUCUUGCCUUCGAUCGUGAGAAUGACAUAGCCAAGAUUGAUCUAAUCGUUUGUUUGGGUGGUGACGGUACACUUUUACAUGCUUCAAGUAUAUUUCAACGAAGUUGUCCACCAGUCUUAUCAUUCUCCAUGGGAUCUUUGGGCUUUCUAACUCCAUUCGAUUUUAAGCAUCAUGAUAAAAUCAUCAAUGAGGUUAUAUCAGGCAAUGUAGCUGUUCUCUUACGUACACGUUUAAAAUGCUCAAUUGUCAAAGAUGGUUUAAAGAAGAAAUCUUCAUCGGAAGCAUCGUUUCGAUCCUUGUCACCAGAAGAAAUAUCCAAAGAUGAAAAACAUCAACACGCACAAAAAGAUGAGAAAAUUUCUCAUCUAGCAUUGAAUGAAGUCGUCAUCGACCGAGGACCGAACUCGUACUUAUCCAAUCUAGACUUGUAUAUCAAUGACAGAUUUAUUACUAAAGUUCAAGGCGACGUAGAUUAUUCCUUUUUCGCCAAGAUCUGUUUAAUUGUAUCAACACCAACUGGUUCGACAGCUUAUGCGAUGGCUGCUGGGUCGUCAAUGGUUCAUCCUAAUGUUCCUGCGAUGGUCAUCUGUCCCAUUUGUCCACACUCGCUAUCAUUCAGACCAAUUGUUGUACCUGCUGGUAUUGAAUUAAAAGUGAAGGUUUCCGAGGAUACUCGUCUCACAGCUUGGCUUUCUGUUGAUGGACGAAAUAGGCACGAACUUCAACAGCAAGACAGUGUUCGCAUCACCACAAGUGUUUAUCCUGUACCGUCUAUCUGUCGAUUUGAUCAAUUGGGCGAUUGGUUUGAAUCACUAGCUGACAUUCUCCAUUGGAACCUACGUAAAACACAAUUGAGUUUUGAUCAUAACCAUUCUUCGGAAGACUACCAACAUGAUGAAACUGAAGACAAACACGAUCCAUCAUCUUCGCCAAAACUCGAAUAA